AUGAAGGACACAUCAUGGUGGUUGUCACAAGAGGCAGUACUGCAACACUACAAAGAUUCAGAGGAUCAGUUGCAUGAGAAGCUAGGAGAGAUAAGACAAGAAGAAGAAAUACCUCCCAAUUCAGAUGUCACUCAAGAGCGGACAUCUACAGUAAGCAAUGGUGAGUUGGAGCACCACAAAGGGGAUCAACCAGAGAACGGAAGUUCGAACCUGAAAUAUGUAAAUAUAGUUCUAGAGCGAAAGAAGAAAACAUAA